AUGGCCGCUCCUACCAGGGAUCAAGCCCUCUCUCUCCUCGCCGCGGCCAACAACCACGGCGACCUCACCGUUAAAACUUCAUCGCUCAAACAGGCCAAGGACCUUCUUCUCUCCAUCGACCCCUCUCUCGCCGCCGACCUUUUUCCUUACAUGCUUGAGCUUCAAUCUUCUCCCGAAAGCCUCGUUCGCAAAUUGCUCAUUCAGAUAAUUGAGGAUAUUGGUUUUAAAGCAGUUGAGCACACCCCUACGCUGAUAUCUGUACUAUUAACAUUUUUACGAGACAGUGAUGUAAUUGUUGUAAAGCAGUCUAUUGUUAGUGGCACAAAUAUCUUCGUUAGUGUUUGUGAGGAGUUGAUUGUGCAGUUUCAACAACGUGGUAAAGUUGAGAGGUGGCUAGAAGAUACUUGGAUGUGGAUGCUUAAGUUCAAGGAUGCUGUUUUUGGGAUUGCUCUGGAGAUAGGAGCUAUAAGCACAAACAUACAGAUUGGCUUGUUCAUGUCUAACACUUCCGUGACACUGACACCUCUGGGACAUGUGUCAGAUCCACCUCUUCAACCUGUUUCUGCCGGAAUAAAGUUGCUGGCACUAAAAUUCCUGGAAACAUUUGUAUCACUCUUUACAUCUGACACCAGUGAUACUGAGAAAUUAGCCACAAAAGGAGCUAGACAAGCUGUUAAUGUUUCGUGGUUGGUUGGUGGUCACCCUCACCCUGUUCUUGAUCCAGUGGUGCUCAUGUCAGAUGCAAAUAGGACUCUUGGCAUUUUAUUAAAUUUGUUGCAGUCUGUUGGCAGUCUUCCUGGUUGCUUGACUAUUACUGUUGUAAAUUGUUCUACAAGAGAUGGCCAGGGUUAUUUGAUUUUCUCUAGCAGUGGGAUUAUAGUGGUAGCAACAAUUUCAGAUGAGUUUGUAUGUGCUGAUCCACACUGUAGGGAUUGGUUUGAUCAUUUUGUCUAUGCUGUUAGGCUGAUAUGUGUGAAAAUAAUAAGCACUGACAAAGGCAUACUUAACACUGGUACUGAGGACUGCCAGGGAAGUUUAGUGUUGCUCUGGUGUGUGGUUCUGUGGUGUAUUUGGUUGGAAAGAAAUGCUAGAGAUUUCUCUGCUCCGGAGUCUUCUUUCAAGCUCAUUUGGGAUCUAAGUAGUUUCUACAGUUUCUUUGUGAUGCUCCGCCAAUGUUUGGCAGCCAUUGCAAGGAAAAGGCCACAACACUAUGAUACUAUUCUUUCAGCGUUGCUUGAUUUUGAUCUAAAUUUUCAAACAACGAAAGGAUGUCAUGUUGCUAGUAUUCAGUACUCCAUAAGAACAGCUUUUUUGGGAUUUCUUAGGUGCACUUAUUCACCAAUACUAGAGUCAAGAGAAAGACUAAUAAGGAGCCUGCGAGCUAUGAAUGCGGGGGAAGCUGCCGAUCAGGUCAUUCGGCAAGUCGACAAAAUUAUUAAAAAUGGUGAUCGUUCCACUCGCGAUGUACGAGUUAGCAAGGAUGAUCAACCAUCAACUCAGUCAUCUGUUUCAGGGGAAUUAUCUAGAAAAAGACCCGUUCCUUUAGAUAAUGAACAAUUGACCAAUGGUCAUGAAACCAUCUCUAAGCGGAUUCGUUCUGGCCCUGACUCUCAUUCUACUUUACCAGCUCAAAUAAAUGAUUCCGCACAAGAUCUUAACUCUUUUAAUGGAGUAUCACCUAAUGCUCCUGUGCUAGAUAGCGAACUAACUGCUGUUGAGCAAAUGAUUGCUGUCAUUGGUGCUUUACUUGCUGAAGGGGAGAGAGGUGCUGAAUCUCUUGAAAUCCUCAUUUCAAAGAUUCAUCCAGAUCUGUUGGCUGAUAUUGUCAUAACUAAUAUGAAGCAUCUGCCCAAGUUACCCCCACCACUAGCGAGAAUUGGGAAUUUACCAGUUGCUCGACAAUUAAGCCCUCAAGUCAGUCAAUCACAGGUUAUUGCAGCUUCUAUUCCAAUAAAUUCUGUCCAAUCCUUGUCUGGUACUGCCCAAGCUUCAUUGCCUUCAACUACGGCCACAGUCACUGCUACUGCUAUUGCUACUACUUCAUUGCCAUCUGACACCUCUAAUUUCACUAACCAGCCUGCUGAUUCAAAACGUGAUCCACGGCGGGAUCCGCGGCGGCUGGAUCCGCGGCGUGUUGUGGUAGCUUCUGGAGGAUCAGCUGUAUCAAUUGCAGAUGACAUUGGGGCCACAAAAUUAGAAUUUGAUGAACCUGUUUCUUCCAUUAAGCCUGUUUUACUUCCUGUUGUUACUGCUGAUGACAAUACUCCAUCAGAUCUAACCGUCAAAAUAAAAAAUGAUGAUAUGAUCUCUGAAGGUUCCUCAGUUUCAGGACCUGAUCUGGUAACCCCUAAAACAGACGUUCUGGAAAGGCCUGGAGAUAUCCAUCGGACUACAGAAGCAGAUACUUCCUUUGAUCCCUCAGGCUCGUCUACUGAUUUAAGAGAAGAGGAUCUGAGUACGGUGAAGCUGUCAGAUGAUAUUGAACCAAUUGGGACAGAUUCAUCAUCUGUUUCAGAGUUUGAUCAGUUCUCCCUUGAUGUUCAAGUUGAAUCCACAUUGGAAGAUACCUGUCUGGAGUUACCACUGCUUCCACCUUAUGUUGAACUAUCCAAAGAACAGGAAAUUAGGGUGAAAAACAUGGCUGUUAGGCAUAUAAUCAAUUCAUAUAAACAUUUGCAUGGGACAGAUUGUCAGCAGUUUUGGAUGCCACUACUCGCUCGACUAGUUGCUCAGAUUGAUGAUGAUGAGGAGUUUAAUAGGAUGCUGCAAAAACACAUCCUAGAAGACCAUUGGCAAAAGGGGCAUGAACUUAUACUACAUGUUUUGUACCAUCUGCACUCCCUUAUGAUGUUGGAUUCAGUUGGAAAUGCUUCAUCUUCUGCUGUUUUAUAUGAAAAAUUUCUCUUGGGAGUGGCCAAAACUUUGUUGGAUUCAUUUCCAGCUUCUGACAAGUCUUUUAGUAGACUUCUUGGUGAAGUUCCACUUUUGCCUGAAUCAUCCUUGAAGAUUUUGAAUGAUCUCUGCUAUUCUGAUGUGAUUGGUCAUGAUGGAAAAAGUAUCCGUGACAUUGAACGUGUCACUCAAGGCCUUGGUGCUAUCUGGAGUUUAAUUUUGGGUCGUCCACAAAAUCGCCAGGCCUGCUUAGGAAUAGCAUUGAAGCCUCUCAAAGAUAGUCUAGUGGAAGUUGAGGUUGCUAGUUGCUUGUUAGCUUUUGUGCCCGAGACUCCCGCCAAGUUGGGUAUGGGAAGAAGGCUUGCAGUCUUACCCUUGCGAGUAGAGGCUGUUUCUGGGAUGAGAUCCAGUGAAAAGCAAGCAACAUUACUGUUAUGUCAAGGCUUGCUUUCCACUUUCCAAUACAGUUUUAAAAAGUUCUUGUGUGCUGUCCACCCACAGGAUGAGAUUCGAGCAAAAGCUAUUCGGCUGGUUACAAACAAGCUCUUUCAGCUUAGUUACAUAUCAGGAGAUGUUGAAAAAUUUGCUACAAAAAUGCUGUUUUCUGCUGUUGAACAUGAGGUUUCAGAUACAGGUCUUUUGCAAUCUGGACCUACUGAACCAAGAGCCGAGGCAGAGGUUGAAGGCCAUGAAAUAUGUACUACACAGGUUUCAGAGUCCACAGUUUCUGAAGAUGACUCUGCUAGGGUCCAAAAACCAUUGAUUCAAAAUGUUCCUUCUAUAUCAUUUUCUGAAGCUCAACGCCUCAUUUCUUUGUUUUUUGCUUUAUGUACAAAGAAACCCAGUCUUCUUCAGAUUGUAUUUAGUGUGUAUGGACAAGCCCCAAAAUCUGUUAAACAGGUCUUUGUUGAUUAUGCUUUUCAUCGUCAUAUUCCUAUUGUUGUGAGGGCAUUGGGGCAAUCUUAUUCUGAAUUGCUCCGUAUCAUAUCUGAUCCACCACAAGGAAGUGAAAAUCUCCUGACACUGGUAUUGCAAAUAUUGACUCAGGACACAACACCAUCUUCUGAUUUAAUAUCUACUGUUAAACGUUUAUAUGAAACUAAAUUUAGAGAUGUUACAAUUCUUGUUCCACUGUUGUCUUCACUUUCCAAACAGGAGGUUUUACCAAUAUUCCCAAGGCUUGUUGAUCUUCCAUUGGAAAAGUUUCAGAGAGCACUUGCUCACAUACUACAGGGUUCAGCUCAUACAGGUCCAGCUUUAACACCUGUAGAAGUGUUGGUUGCAAUGCAUGGAAUUGUUCCAGAGAAGGAUGGCCUUGCACUUAAGAAGAUUACAGAUGCUUGCUCGGCUUGUUUUGAGCAACGUACAGUGUUCACACAACAGGUUCUGGCAAAGGCAUUGAACCAGAUGGUUGAUCAAACUCCGCUGCCUUUACUUUUCAUGAGAACAGUUAUUCAGGCAAUUGAUGCUUUUCCUGCACUGGUUGAUUUUGUUAUGGAGAUACUCUCAAAACUUGUGACAAGACAGGUGUGGCGUAUGCCUAAACUUUGGGUUGGUUUCUUAAAAUGUGUAUAUCAGACACAGCCUCGUUCUUUUCAUGUGCUAUUGCAGGUACUGCGUUCUCAACUUGCACAACACCUUCACUUUGACCUGAAGGAAAAGGUGGCAAAACUUCAAUUGUUUGUGGAAGCACUGGAAGGAGGUGCCUUCCAGUUGUACCAACAAUGGGAAGUUUUAGAUCUUCUGUUUGAUCCAAGAAAUGGAGCCUGA